GAAUCAGUGACAGAAGUUAAGACUGAAAAUAUACGUCACCAGUUUUGGCCCCGUGUCAGACACAGACAUGGAGUACACUAUAGAUGUCUUCUUUCGGCAGAGCUGGCUGGACGAGCGAUUAAAAUUUGACGGGCCUAUAAAAACUCUGCCUCUGAAUAACCUGUUGGCCAGCAAGAUCUGGACCCCAGACACCUUCUUCCACAAUGGAAAGAAAUCCGUUGCUCAUAACAUGACAACACCCAACAAACUGCUGAGACUCACUUAUAAUGGAACUCUACUGUACACUAUGAGGCUUACAAUUCAUGCUGAAUGCACAAUGCACCUAGAAGAUUUCCCAAUGGAUGUGUCCAUGCCUGCCCACUGAAAUUUGGAAGCUAUGCCUACCCCAGUACAGAAGUGGUUUAUGCUUGGACGAAUGGCUCUGACAAAUCAGUUGCCGUAGCCCCGGAUGGCUCUAGACUCAACCAAUAUGACCUGCUUGGCCUGGUGUUAGGAACUGAGACCAUCCGAUCGAGUACAGGUGAAUAUAUUGUCAUGACUACUCACUUCCACCUGAAGAGAAAAAUUGGAUACUUCGUUAUACAGACCUAUCUGCCGUGUAUAAUGACCGUCAUCCUGUCACAAGUGUCUUUCUGGCUUAACAGGGAGUCAGUCCCAGCCAGGACCGUGUUCGGAGUCACUACUGUUCUGACCAUGACGACACUGAGCAUCAGCGCACGGAACUCGCUGCCCAAGGUUGCCUACGCUACAGCAAUGGAUUGGUUUAUGGCGGUGUGCUAUACUUUUGUCUUCUCCGCACUUAUUGAGUUCGCUACAGUCAAUUAUUUCACUAAAAGGGGCUGGGCCUGGGAUGGUAAAAGAGCCCAGGAAGGCCAGACCUUCAAGAUAAAAGAACCUAUAAUCCUGACAAAGAAGUCCAACACGACCUACAACAUAGUGGGGACUACCUACACACUGAACAUCAAGGAACCGGCCUUGGCCACAAUUGCGAAGAACGCUGCUCUCCCACCUCCUCCUCUGUCUCCACCCCACGCUGAGCUAAAGUCAUCGGACGGCAAAAAGACUUACAACAGCGUAAGCCGCAUUGACAAGAUCUCACGCAUUGUCUUCCCUGUCUUGUUUGCAAUCUUUAAUCUGGUGUACUGGGCAACCUAUGUCAACCGAGAAUCAGCAAUCAAGGGAAUGAUUCCAAAAUAA